GCUGUUUCCUGCCUAUAAGUAACUAUAAAGGUUACUUUGUCUGUCCCUGGUGGCUGUGCCUGGAGGUGGUUCAGUCCAAGAGAGCACACGCUUUCUUGAGGGCAGGCCAUAAGCUGUGAGGUGAAGGCCUACAGCCAGAAGCAGGCCAACCUCCAGAGACACUGCAGACCUGCUCCUGGGCAGGGCCAGAUAUCCUCACGUGACAGCGGUCAGCUGUGUGUGUGUGCCCAUGUGAGGGGCGCACCUUUCCCCUGUGGGCAGGCGAAGCAGUGGAUUUCAGCUGCCAGCACUACAGCUGGUAGGGAUGUGUCCCUUCCCUGCUGCAGCAGCUAUCCUGGCUUUUGGCGUUCUUACUGUAAGGCCUGAUAACCUGCGUUGUUUUGGCUGAAAUAGGUCAGGAAGCUCUCGUGUGAGUGCCUGCUUCCCCACAGCAGGGGGAUGGGAGCAUCCCUCUACAGGGAGGUGGAGUGGCACGGCAUGGCGGGCUGGCACAGCUGCCUGCACAUGCUCUUUUGUCACACAGCUGUGGCAUGCAGCACAGCAGCAGACACCGUCAGGGGAAGUGAAACCGUUCCUAAGUCCAAAUAAACCCUUGGCUAAAUGAGUAAGCUUUUUUUUUUUCCUUCUGUGCUGCUUCAGGCUGCUUUCAGCAGUUUGCACUCGUGCCUGCAUAUUGUUGAUCCAAGAUGCCACAAAAUAGAAUUCUAUCGGUUGGAAAAAUAAUGGGUAAAAUUGUGAAGGUGCAGUUAAUGAAAUCCUUAUUCUGUUCACUGUCUUACCCUUCAGUCAUCAGCCUUUGGUUCCAGAGCGUGCAUCGAGUGGUACCAACCACAGUCUCAAAGCAACAAAGGAUUUCUCUUUGAAGAAUUACUCUCCACUUCCAAGUCAUGGAGAUUGUAAGGAUGAAAUGAGUGCAGUGUAUCUGAUGCUGCAGCACUGCAGACUUUGAAAAGAAGUGUGUUCUGUUCUGAAAAUCGUGGUCUAAGAGCUGCCUUUCUGUAUCAAUGCAGAGUAAUUUAAAUUAACUGCAGUGGUUUGGUCAGGCCUUCCCUGGAAGCCUGUUAAAUUUGACCUGAAUUAAUUUUGUUCAGCUUGAUAGCAAGACAGACUGGGAUAAGUCAAACAUUUCAUUGCAUUUGUAGGAGGCUGAACCAGCAACUUGAAGAACACAGAACAUGGAAAGAAAAAACACCUAAAGCCAAAUGCUAUUGCAUUACCAUAUUAGCUCUAAUUAGUGGUUGUUCAGUUCCAGGCAAGUUGAGGUUGCUGCUCAUAGCUUGGGAGUAAAUUUGUAGUGUGAAAACUCCCCGCUUACUGUGAUAAUUAGUUUGUUCCAAAGUAUUAGUGGGACGGUGCAAGUGUCAGUGUGACUCAGGUUUUCAGUCCUGAUAACCUCAUUUGAAUGUCCUUUCCAGAGUGCCUUACGUGCCUGCUUAUGGGAACCUAAAGGCCUGCUAACAGAACCAAGUCCUGUGAUAUUGCAGAGUUGAUAACACAGAAAAAAGCCCACCAAAACCGAACAUGCACACAAAUAUCCCUUGAAAGAAGAUUGAUGUUUAUAGAGGGUUUUUUAUGAAGCUGUCAACACUGAUUUACUGUGAAGAUAUGUUCAGUUCAUUUUGCUGAAGGAGAUGUCUGCAGCUGGGACCACAUGCAAGUUGCAAGGGGUUCAUCCAUAAGAUUCCAAAAUAAGUGUGUCUAAACUCCAAGGCUCACCUUACAACAGUUUAUAGAGCUGUGGGAAUGCAUGGGAGACUUCAGAUGGCCUAAGUGGACGUAAAUUCUGUGGCUGUGGAAAGGGGUGAUCCUACAGUUCCAAGCCACCACUGGUGCAGCAGUAGCGUUUUUAUGGAAAUUCUGGUGAUUAACAGUCAUGGCAACCAUAGAGGAACUGGCCCAUCAAAUUAUUGAGCAGCAAAUGGGAGAGAUUACCCAUUCCCAGGGAGCUGUUACACAAACACUAAUGGAUGGGGCAGCACAACGAAUACAGAUCGUCCCUUCAGAUUCAGGCCUCUCUUUACCGCAGCGUAUACAGAUUUUAACAGACAACUCUCCCAAUGAGCAGGCCCUAAAUAAAGUGUUUGAUCUGUGUGUUGUGUGUGGAGACAAGGCAUCAGGACGUCACUAUGGAGCAGUAACGUGUGAGGGCUGCAAAGGAUUCUUUAAAAGGAGCAUACGGAAGAAUUUGGUGUAUUCGUGCCGAGGAACAAAGGACUGUGUCAUUAACAAACACCACCGGAAUCGCUGUCAGUACUGUCGGCUGCAGCGAUGCAUCGCCUUCGGAAUGAAACAAGACUCUGUGCAGUGUGAGAGGAAACCUAUUGAAGUGUCAAGAGAAAAAUCUUCCAACUGUGCAGCUUCUACAGAAAAGAUCUACAUUCGGAAAGAUCUUCGCAGCCCAUUGGCUGCAACUCCAACUUUUGUAACAGACAAUGAAACAGCAAGGUCAACAGGUCUGCUGGAAUCGGGAAUGUUCGUUAACAUUCAGUCUGGAAUUAAAAGCGAGCCUACGGUGCUGAUGACGCCAGAUAAGGUUGAAGCCUGUCAGGGAGACUUAAGUACCUUGGCAAACGUGGUGACAUCAUUAGCAAACCUCAGUAAAUCCAAAGAUCUGUCACAAAGCGGUACAGAGCUGUCUAUGAUUGAGAGUUUAAGUAAUGGAGAUGGAUCAUUACCUGAACUCCAGCAAGAAGAACAAGGAAGUAGUGAUGUUACAAGGGCAUUUGAUACUCUUGCAAAAGCAUUAAAUCCUGGAGAGAGUGCAGCGUGCCAGAACUCUGAAAGUGCUGAGGCCAACGUACAGCUCGGUGCUGGAGAAACAAGCAUGAAUAUCGUUGAAAUAGAGGGGCCACUACUCAGUGAUGCACAUGUAGCCUUCAGGCUCACCAUGCCUUCUCCUAUGCCCGAAUAUCUUAACGUUCACUAUAUCUGUGAGACAGCCUCCAGGUUGCUUUUCUUGUCCAUGCACUGGGCCCGUUCCAUUCCGUCUUUCCAAGCUUUAGGACAGGAUAACAGCAUAUCCUUAGUAAAAGCCUGCUGGAACGAACUUUUUACGCUUGGUCUUGCACAGUGCUCUCAAGUCAUGAAUGUGGCAACUAUAUUGGCUGCGUUUGUUAAUCACCUUCACGACAGCUUGCAGCAAGAUAAACUGCCAACAGACAGAGGAAAACUAGUAAUGGAGCACAUCUUCAAACUGCAAGAGUUCUGUAACAGUAUGGUGAAGCUUUGCCUAGAUGGAUAUGAAUAUGCAUAUUUGAAAGCAAUUGUACUCUUCAGUCCUGAUCACCCAGGGCUGGAAAAUGUGGUGCAGAUUGAGAAAUUUCAAGAAAAGGCGUACAUGGAGUUCCAAGACUACGUAACAAAAGCAUAUCCAGAUGAUACUUACAGACUGUCUCGACUUCUUCUCCGAUUGCCUGCCCUGAGGCUGAUGAGUGCUGCCAUUACUGAGGAGCUGUUCUUUGCAGGACUAAUUGGAAACGUUCAGAUCGAUAGCAUCAUCCCGUACAUUCUGCGAAUGGAGACGGCAGACUACAAUACUCAAAUAAUUGGUCAUGCCGUAUAAAAGUAGCGAUCAAGGAUUCUGUACCAUGGCAGUCAUGGUGAUGUAAAUGCAUACUCUGUCUCCAAGAGGCCUUCCCAUGCACCUUUCUAAAGAAGACUCGUGUUCCUCCUUUCCAGUACACUUGGGAAAUGCGGUGGAGUGUCUUAAGGAAUAUAGGAUCGCUUCCUAUUUUUCAUCUGAUCUUCAAGGACUUGUAAAUUUACUUGGUAUCUGCGGAAAGUCGAGAAUUGUCCAUCCUAUUUUUGUAGAUAGAUGAACUUGGAAUAUUUGUUUAUGAAACCCAGGCUUGUGAAGAAACGGAAGAUGCUUUGACUGAACUAAGGUAUCUCAACUUAGUUUGGUGUUUUAGACAAAUAAAUUAAGUUUCCUCUCUGAGUUGUGUUUUCAGUGUUUUGCUGCUAGUUCUUUCUCACUGAUUAAAUGGAAAAUACUAUCAAACGUCUUGAAAAGGGCAUUGUUUCUAUGGAAGGGAGACCUUUAUAACCAAACUUUUAUCUUCUGUUCUUUUGAAAAGAGGUUAUUUCAUGUUGAAUGAAGCAGUGGAUAUUGUUACAAGAGCAGGGAAGGCAGAGGUAUUUCACACUUAAAAAUAUUCUGCUUACAUGUUGAUGCAGUUGGUCAAAAGUAAAACUGCAAAGGAUCAGCAUUGACUGUUCUGUGGAUGCAAAGGUAUACUAUGCUGUAAUAUUGUGUGUUGGUAGAUAUCAGCUGUUUUAUACUAUGAAAAAUUGAGAACUGUGUACUGCAGGUAUUCAAAGAGAUCAGCCUCCUAUUUUUUCUGCUCUCAGAAGUUAAACGUUUUUCACAGUACCCCUUCCUCUUUCAAACUCAGUACACAGGGAGGGAGGCAUUGUACAUGUGUCUCAGUUUUCUUUCAACCACCUCUAUAACCAAAUUGUGUUUAGAAUUCUGCACACGUGUUCAUAUUGUUUCUCUUGUAUAGGACUUGGUUUUUUUUUUUUUUUUUUUUUUUUAUUAGCUUUUGCCUAUUUAGCUGUCUUUUCCAGUCAGUCUCAUAUGAUUAUUUUUUAAAUUAGAAAUUACUGAAUCCAAUACUUCUGCUUAUACGAGUGUGGUCUCUGCUGCUUUGCCUGUCCAUGUUAGAAAUGAGUCUAGAUACUUCACUUAUGUUGACUGAAUCAUCCUUCAUGGCUCCAUCUAAGGAUGGGUUCAGAUGCUUUCCUAUCUUGAGGAACGUGCCUGGUUGUCAAAUAAGACUGAUGGUUGAUCGCUCCAAGCUUCCCUUUGCAACGGGAAACUAUAUAUUCCUAGCACAUUUAAUAUCUGUUGCUUAAAAUUAGAGAGAGAUUCUAGGAAAAGUGAUGGUCUGCUGCCAACAGUAGCUUGUAGGUUUAUCUACAUCUUGGAUUGAGGCCUAGUUCCAUUUAUCCUGAACUUUUUAGUCCUCUGGCAGCACUGAGUGAGGAAGAACCUCGCCCAAUUCUUUAGACAAAAGAUCAGCUUCGAGGGAGGCCUUUGCUUCUCUGUAGCAGCAACUCCAAGGCCAUGCUAACAUUGAGGGGACAGGUAGAUGAGACUUUGGUGAUAUCUGUGUUUUUUCCCAGCACCUGAGGAUCUCAGUCAUCCAAAAAGAAUCAGAAAACUGACACUGAAUUAUUCUGUCCUUUUUAAUUCCACUACUAGAGUUGUUUGGAUCUUCCUCUGCUGCCUUCUAAUCAGAGGCUGCACUACAGGAUUGCUCAUACACAAUUCCACAGAUGGAAACGCUUGGUGCUGAGGACCUCUUAUGGGAUGGAACCAUUCUCCCCUGCUCUGAAUUUGGCAUGUAGCGACUUCCUGGAGAACAGCCUUUAAAGAUGCUGGAGCUUCCCAUGGUGCCUGAGCCCUUCCCACAGUCCGUGUGUCUAAAGGAGAAGGAUUGAGGCUCUGCAUUCAUGUUUCCUGGAGUUCAUGAAGUGUGAUUGUCCCUCUCUACUCUGCUCUUGUGAGGCCCCAUCUGGAGUACUGUGGCCAGGUAUGGAGCCCCCAGUACAAGAAAGACAGAGAGCUGUUGGAGAGGGUCCAGAGGAAGGCCACAAAGAUGAUCAGAGGGCUGGAGCACCUCCCCUACGAGGACAGGAUGAGGGAGCUGGGCUUCUCAGCCUGGAGAAAAGAAGGCUGCGGGGUGACCUCAUUGCAGCCUUUCAGUACCUAAACGGAGCCUAUAAACAGGAGGGGAGUCAACUCUUUGAAAGGGUAGAUAACAGCAGGACAGGGGGAGAUGGUUUUAAAUUGAGGGAGGGAAGAUUUAGGUUGGAUAUCAGGAGGAAGUUCUUUACUAUGAGAGUGGUGAGGUGCUGGGACAGGCUGCCAGAGAGGUUGUGGAUGCCCCAUCCCUGGAGGUGUUCAAGACCAGGCUGGAAGGGGCCCUGGGCAGGCUGGUCUAGUAUUCAAUAGGGAGGUUGGUGGCCCUGCCUGUGGCAGGGGGGUUGGAGCUUUAUGAUCCUUGAGGUCCCUUCCAACCCAGGCCAUUCUGUGAUUCUGUGAGGACUACUUUUCUGUCUCAAGAGGGCAGUAGUUACAGAAAUGUGAAAGACAAUGGCUGCCAAUAUACUGUGCUGGUCUCUUCCCAGUGGUUACAGGCCCCAUCAUCUUGCCGUCUGUAGGACCAAAUUGCAGACAGGAAGUGAAUUGUUCUAUUCAUGUCUCCUCAGAAAUUUGGACCCUGUCUUCCAGCCCUAUGCUAUCCCCAGCCCUUCUCUGUUGCUAACAAGAACAGAUGUAGUUGUGUUAAGCCCUUUAUGGAAGUUGCCAAGAGGUUACUCCUGAAUAAUUUAUAAAUGGUUUACCAGGCAUUUCAAAUACUGGAAGAAUUUGACUCCCUAUAUUCUCCAAAUUCAGAUAACCCAUUUUCCUUCUAAAUGCAGUAGAGACUGCAAAUCUCUCCCACAUCCUUGCAGAUUUAUACUUUUUAGCCUUUGGGACCUGUGCCUCAGGCAUGAUAAGCAGUUCUUUGUUUACAGCUGGCCAGAAGAUUCAGUAAAUGUGGUUUCUGCAUGGUAUUGUAUAGCUGCAGAAACAGCUGAGAAAAUACCAGUGUUUGUAGAGAGGUAAAUCUUUAGGGAUUGAAUCCUUCAGCAUAUCUGUCUUUGAGAGCCAUGUUUUGGAGGAUGUGGCCAUAGAAACUUAUUUUCUCUGAAAUUCUGCUUGUUCCCCCUUCAUGCCAUAGUCUGAAGACAAGUUGGCCUAUUUCAGGGAAGCGUGGACUGCUAUCACUGCUGACUGCUGGACCGGGACAGCUUUGUUAGGCUGUGUUAACUCAGCAGUACAAGAACCAUGGUCACAUUCUUUUUGGAUGCCUGUCACCUGUGCAUGGCAGCAGAAGAUUCAAAUCUCAGUGGCUGACUUUUCCCCUUCCCACAGCUCUUACUGUUACUUCCCUGGCAAAAUCCCUUGGGCUUCAUCUGGGAUUUCUGCCAGAUCACUUAAAUCAAGAAUUCAACCCAUCCAUGUUUUUCUUUUUAAAUCCAGUGUAUCCAGAUGUGAGACUACCCAUUGUGUGUGGGGUAGCAAGAGACAUGUGUCACACCCUUUCAUGUGACAGAAACUUGCAGAUAUCGUAGAAUCUCGUUUUCUCAGUCAGGUGAGAAGUCAAACAGGAUGCCCAUCUCCAAGCUCAGUUACAGACUCUGUUACCUCUUUUGAGAGCAGUAUGGUUGAGUCACCAUCAGUAAUCAGGAUAUACUCUAGUAGUUGCCAGGCUGCGUUUGGGGCUUUGCUCAAUAUAUGUAUAGUAUUAUUACGAAAAGGAGUUCAAGAGAUCUUCAAAUUGCCAAGAAGUGGCACACACUUCUUAUGUACUGUGGCUAUGUGCAUAUCCAUCCAAAAAGAAAAGGUACUUAUUUCAAAAAGAUUCCAGUUACUUCUGCUGUCCAUCUGUGCGAUAACCAUAUGCCCUUCCUUCCCCUUGCUGUGGGUGGCUAACCAAAUGUAAGCUCCAUACCGACUGUCAAGUGAAACAAAAGAAGGAGAUAGAUGCAUGUACACCUGAGGUAUUGUAAGGGCCUCCCCAGAAAACCAUAAUCUUGGAUACCUCCAAUGUUUGGACUUCCAUAGAGUGAAUGUGCAGAUAUGCAACGCACUGCAAAAAGUGCUACCUACUGGUAAGUAACCUUUUUCCCCAAAGUUUCUUACAUGUUUUCCUCAUAAACCUUCAGUGUAAGUUCAGUACCGGGCCAAAGGCAGAGUGCGGGCUGGUCUGUGCUGCCUGGCAAGUAUUGUCUCCUGUCUUCUUGAUGAUCAAGAAGGUGGAUCCCAUAGUGCAGGUGCUUGCAUUUGUAUUAUUCACUUUUCUUACCAAGAAUAAUGGUACCACUUUUCAUUUAUCAUUUUGGGUUCUUUAACUGUAAAUUCAUGCUGUUGAUGAGCAGUGAGGCACAACUGGGCUUUCUCAGGAAUGGGCUGCCCUUCAUGCUGUUCAGUCACACUGUUGUUCAGCCAACACAAAUGCGAGCAGUAAGGCUCACUCCACUGUGGAUGUUAAAGUACCUCAUUAUUUUUGUGACCUCUUCUUUUCUCCUUUAUGUUUUAUUUUUUUAAACUUUCUGAUCUUCAGCUUUCUGAAACUUCCCAUACCUCGUCAGAAUACAACUAAACUGCGGCACUUACUACUAACAAUCUGCUUUGCCAGUGAAAGAACAGGCUCUGUUCUGAUAGCUUUAAAAUGUUCAGUGUUAAGAAAAUUCAUUUCUGUAUCAAUCACAUGAAUGGAAAAACCAUCCAUUUGGAAUCCUGCCCCUUCAGAUGGGAGCAGUGAUACACAGAACAAAUGGACUAGUUUGGAAGUGUAUGUUGUGCGUAUAUACAUGAGUUUAGGGGGCUUGUUUCAUGCUGGUAGAGUUCCUGGUACAAACAAUUGUUCUAUUUUAAACUUUCUUCAAAAGCACUUUCACUACAGUACCUUCUGCACUUAUAAACGUAACCUGUUGGUACCUCUCUUCUGUCACCAUUGGCGUCAGUGAAAGUCACUGCUGUGUUACUGUGUUCAGCAGCUGUGGUUUCCCAGCGCAGGCAUUAGAACGUCGCUGUACCUGUUCUGCUGUGGUAUAAAAAUUCAUUGUAAAUGUCUUGAAACCUGAAUUUGUAAAGUCUAUUUUGGCUGUAUUUUUUAAAAUAAAUAGCAAUCACCUAUCUGUUAGUGUUCUACGCAGGUUGUCUUACAGCCCUGAAGCAGUGUGUGUGAUUCCAAAGAGUCCGUGGAUAUUUCACUUUACUGUACAAUGUUGUGUUGUCAAUAGAUUCAUUCCCUGGGAUUUGUGACCACUGCAGUACCUUGCUGUUCUUUCCCCCUGUUGCUAUGAGCUCUUUGUUUUUGUGCUUAGUGCUCCUUUCUGCCCUGGGAGUUUGACUAUUUGAAAAUUAAUGAUUUAUUAUAAAAUGUAAUUUACCAACAUUUUUUUCUCUUAAAGCACUACCUGCAGACGUUGAUAUAAUGAAUUCCGAUCACAGAUCUUCAUGCCAAGUAAAGCAAUAGUUAUUUUUGGAGUUUACUCAUUUCAUCAUGAAUUGUGAAAUGAGGACAAGUUUGGGUCCUUUCCAGAACUGAUUUCUCAGUGACAAUUGAAAAGUUGUCUUUCUUUUUCAGUCUUCUAUUACAAGUGAUUGUGGUGUUUGCAUGAAUAUGCAGAUAGCCAGAACAAGUGAGAAAUGAGCUACCAUUCUCUCCACGCUUAGAUUCUGAAAUGUGUUCAUCUUGAAGUAAACGGAGUACUGUGGAGUAGACGAUGCAUUGUAGAGGAAAGCUUUGUAGGAUGAGAAAGUCUGGGUAACGUUGAUGAGAGCAGGGAAUAAACAGUUGGACUCUCGUCCCCCUCUGUUUGCAGAUACUCCAGUUUCUCUGUUGCUUCUGUUUUAAAAGCUUACCUUUCUCUGCACUUCCACAGAGCCUUGUUCUCUGGUCAGACUGCUAAUCUACUACCUGCUCCUUCCCAUACCAGUAAUAUUCCACAGCCUUUUGGUCACCUUUGAAGGAAAAAAGGAAGAGCCCUCUAGGAAGAAGUGCUCUUCUGGUAAAUAAUAGAAGUCUAGAAACUCUCCAGGGGGGUUACUCAGCAGCAUCUUCAACCAAGAUGGCCCGAGCAGUUCCCAACAAGCAGCAGGAGUCCCCUAAUAGCACCAUCUAAUAGCCAGCACCAUUGGUUUUGAGUGUUUUAGUAUUCAGGAACAUUGCACCUUGCACCUUGGUUCCAGACCAUGAAUCAAUCUCUUUUAAAGCAGAUGAAGACAAGUGAAAAACCUUUUUUUGAUUGUGCUUUUGGGAAAUGUGGGUUAUAGCAGGGCUACAAAUCCAAGAGGGAAAGCAUUAGAAAUUGCACUGUUCAGACCAGAGUGAGUGAAACCACGGUUAGAGGCUGGGCCAACAAAAUGUAAAGAAUGGUGAUGUGAAUUUGACAUUGCUUCUGAGACUCAGAAAUUUUGGAAGGAUGGGGCAGAUUUGCAAAAUCUACAUAGCUGGGUCUGUUGUGUGUUGGAUUUAUUAUUUUGAUUGCGAGAGGAAUUCCAAUUAAUUAUGGAAAUGUAUGUUCCUUAGUUGUGAAACCGUUGCAGAAUAAACUUAUAUGACUUCCCACACAAAGAAUAGAAGGAAUUGCAGUGGAAUAGAUAAGCAGUUAAUAUAUAUAUAUUGUAAGGUAAAAUGUAAAUACUGAACUGCUCCGUGGGUUGGUUUUUUACUCUUUCUGUGAAAUACUUGAACUUAGGUUUCUCAAAAUCAAUUUAUCACUGAAUAAAGCUCUUAAAAAUCAAA